AUGUCUUCUUCAGCAUCUACGCCGUCAGAAUACGUGACACUAGUGUCUGGGGAUGGAUUCGAGUUUGUCAUACCCCGCAGCACGGCCUGUGUCUCGGGGACAAUACGCCGCAUGUUGGAGCCAUCGAGCAACUUCUCAGAAGCUAUCACCGGACGCUGUGUACUGGAGAACAUAAGCGGGAUCGUCCUCGAGAAAGUCUGCGAAUAUUUCUGCUACAACCAGAAGAACAAGGAUCAGGCAGAUGUGCCGGAUAUGGAUAUCCCGCCUGAGCUGUGCUUGGAACUGUUGAUGGCGGCCGAUUAUCUCGAUACAUAA